UUUACAUUUGUGAUUUUGACGCGUAAAAUUUUUAAUCCUUUUAAAUUUCAAAAUAUGAUUAAAGCUCUGAUUGCCGAUUAUAUGUUAUGAUGGUUAAUAAAGUUAGACAGAGGAAGAAGGGCGAUGAAUCUGUUAAAGACGAUGAUAGAUUUAGCGAACAAACUGUUAAUGAAACACAUUCAAAUGAAAUUCUGGGCGACGUGUCGCGAAAUGCGACUGGUCGUAAUGUUGAAAACUUAAUCAGUCAAAUUUCAGAUCUUCCAGAUGUUAGUAAUAGCGAUUUUAAAGACAAUAAUAGGCGCCUACUCAAUAAAAAGAAACAGACUUAUUGCACUCAGUCAAAUAAUCAUUCUUCAGAUACUCCAGAUCAGCUACAGAAUGUUAUCUUUAAUAAAGAUAUCAAACCUGUGACUUUUAGCAUUGAAAUUGAUAUAGCUGCUGUGAUUAUGCUCAUUGUUGCCAUCUGGACACGUAUGCAACAUCUUGGAGAGCCAAGAGGUAUCGUGUUUGAUGAACUCCAUUAUGGAAAGUUUGCAAGCAUGUACAUGAAACAAACUUUCUUCUUUGAUUCACAUCCACCCCUAGGAAAACAGCUUGUUGCUUUAGCUGGUUAUAUCACUGGGUUUGACGGAAAUGCUCAGUUUGAAAGAAUAGGUGGAGAGUAUUCAGCCAAUAUACCUCUUCGAGCCCUACGGGCUGUGCCAGCCUUUUUUGGGAGUAUUUUAAUUCCAACCGUAUAUUACUUAAUGAUUGAACUAGGUUUUACUCAUAAAACUGCUAUUUUGGCUGGUGUUCUCAUGUUUUUUGAAAAUGCAUAUUUAACUCAAUCUCGAUUCAUCUUGAUGGAAAGCAUCCUAAUAUGGUUUUCUGCAUUUGGAAUACUAGCAUAUUUAAAAUUUCGAAAAAUUCGAUGAUUUGUCUUUCUUAAACUAAGUAUAUUCCCCUCAUCUGUUUGUAAUGA